GAAGAGACAUUUGUAAACACACAGAAUGGGACUGUUUGGCAUUUGUGUGUUUUUUGGGGCUUCUUCGACGUGACACUUGCGUGCGCCUUUUUUGGCUCUGAGUGCGCCAGGACGCUGCUGCUGCGCAGGUCGGGUGUGAACUGAAGCGCCGCUGGAUGCCGCAGCCCCGCCGGGUCAAAACCACUGAUUAGAGAGGGGGUCAAGAGAUUGCUUUAGUGAGGGGAAACCCCCGCCAGGAGCCCCGCCGCCCUUCAUUGCACCAUGGAUGACUCGGGGAUAAUCCGGCGCCGGAGGCUGCAGAAGGAUUUGCCACUGCCUCGCAAAAACAGCAGCUGCCGCACAAGCAACAGGAAGAGUCUGAUCCUGACCACCACGUCUCCCACGCUGCCUCGACCACACUCCCCUCUGCCCCUCCCUGGACACCUCGGAAGCAGCCCUCUGGACAGCCCACGAAAUUUCUCUCCCAGCAACCCUGCACACUUCUCGUUCGCCUCCUCCAGAAGAGCGGACGGACGACGGUGGUCUUUAGCGUCUCUGCCCUCUUCUGGAUAUGGCACCAACACUCCCAGCUCAACGUCGUCCAGCUCGUCUCAGGAGCGGCUGCACCAGCUGCCCUACCAGCCCACCAUGGACGAGCUCCACUUCUUAUCCAAGCACUUUGGCAGCACCGAGAGCAUCACGGAUGAUGACGGGGGCCGCUGCUCGCCCCACAUGCGCCCGCGCUCCCGCAGCCUCAGCCCAGGACGUUCCUCCUCCUGCUACGACAACGAGAUAGUCAUGAUGAACCAUGUGUACAAAGAGCGUUUUCCAAAGGCCACGGCACAGAUGGAGGGGAGGCUGGCCGAGUUCAUCCAGGCGUUCUCUCCCGAAAACGUUCUCCCGCUGGCCGACGGAGUCCUCAGCUUCAUCCACCACCAGAUCGUUGAGCUGUCCAGAGACUGCCUGGCCAAAUCCCGAGAGGGCCUCAUCACCUCUGUUUACUUCUUCGAGCUGCAGGAGAACCUCGAGAAACUUCUGCAGGAUGCCUUCGAGCGUUCGGAGAGCUCCGAGGUCGCCUUCGUCACAGAGUUGGCGAAGAAGCUCCUCAUCGUCAUCUCGCGGCCUGCCAGGCUUCUGGAGUGUCUGGAGUUUAACCCCGCGGAGUUUUACCAUCUGCUGGAAGCAGCGGAGGAUCACGCCAAGGAGGGUCACCUGAUGAAAACAGACAUCCCUCGUUACAUCAUCAGCCAGCUGGGACUGACCAGAGACCCGAUCGAAGAGAUGGUACACCUCGAUAGUUACGACAGCGAGGGACCGCUGACGCCCGAAACAGACGACUCGACAGAGGGUAAGAUCAGAGCGAUGAAACCACCAGGAGAAGCAGACUUCCAGACCAUCAAGCUCAUCAGUAACGGAGCGUACGGCGCUGUGUACCUGGUGCGUCAUCUGGAGACCCGGCAGCGAUUUGCCAUGAAGAAAAUCAACAAGCAAAACCUGAUCCUGCGGAACCAGAUCCAGCAGGCGUUUGUGGAGAGAGACAUCCUCACCUUCGCAGAGAAUCCGUUUGUCGUCUCCAUGUUCUGCUCCUUCGAGACCCGGCGGCACCUCUGCAUGGUCAUGGAGUACGUGGAAGGUGGAGACUGUGCCACUCUGCUGAAGAACAUCGGGGCUCUGCCUGUGGAAAUGGCACGCAUGUACUUUGCAGAGACCGUCCUUGCGCUGGAGUACUUACACAACUACGGCAUCGUGCACCGUGACCUUAAGCCCGACAACCUCCUGAUUACUUCGAUGGGCCACAUCAAGCUCACAGACUUCGGCCUUUCAAAGAUGGGCCUGAUGAGUCUGACCACCAACCUGUACGAAGGACACAUAGAGAAGGACACUCGGGAGUUCGUGGAUAAACAGGUGUGUGGAACUCCAGAGUACAUCGCUCCGGAGGUUAUUCUUCGUCAGGGUUAUGGGAAGCCGGUGGACUGGUGGGCGAUGGGCAUCAUCCUGUACGAGUUCCUGGUGGGCUGUGUGCCUUUUUUUGGAGACACUCCAGAGGAGCUGUUCGGACAGGUCAUCACAGACGACAUAGUGUGGCCAGAGGGCGACGAGGCUCUCCCUGUUGACGCCCAGCACCUGAUCUCCUCCCUGCUGCAGACGAAUCCACUGGUUCGACUGGGCACAGGUGGUGCUUUUGAAGUUCGGCAGCACUCGUUCUUCACAGAGGUGAACUGGAACAGCCUGCUGAGACAGAAGGCAGAGUUCAUUCCUCACCUGGAGUCGGAGGAAGACACCAGUUAUUUUGACACCCGAUCUGAGCGCUACCAUCACGUGCAGUCAUACGACGAGGACGACACCAACGACGACGAGCCCGUGGAGAUCCAUCGCUUCUCAUCCUGCUCCCCUCGCUUCAGCAAGGUGUACAGCAGCAUGGAGCAUCUGUCCCAGCUGGAGCACAAAGUCUCUGGCGUGACUCUGCGGGAGCACAAGGUCCCCCGAGAGGACCGAGUGGCCAAGAGAGAAAGCCUGGGAAGCCUCACCCUCAGGGACAAGAGCUGGAGGACGGGAUCGCCCGAGAUGAAGCGCUUAUCCUGCUCUGAGUCCUCCUUCACGGAGAGCGACUCCAGCCCGCCGUCCGGGGCCCGAAGACGUUUCUCCGCCCUGAUGGACACACACCGCCUGGCCUCGCCGCUGGAGGUCGACUCCGAGCUGCCCGGCAGGCAGCCUCCAGUGAAGGCCAGAGGGACGUCUCUGGAAGGAGCCAUGGCUGCCAUCGCCUCGCAGAGCGACCUGAGGACGCUCCUGAAAGACAGCAACGGGGUCACAGCCGGAGAGAAGCUUCUGAGACCUGCAGAUUCAUCGCUACCUCUCCCGGGCAGCGCUGCUGUUCUGGGGCUUCCAGACGCUCAGGGGCCCCGCGGGGCCACCACCGACCUGGUGCUGCGGAGGGUUCGCCACCAGCAGCUCUCAGCUGAAGGGGAGAAACGAACCUCACGACCAGGAACCAAAGUGAUCAAAUCUGCUUCUGCGACGGCUCUGUCUGUCAUCAUCCCUGCAGUGGAGCAACACGUCGCCUCCCCGCUGGCGAGCCCCAUGUCUCCUCGCUCCCUGUCGUCCAACCCGUCCUCCCGUGACUCGUCUCCCAGCAGAGACUACUCUCCCAUGGUCAACGUCCUGCACUCUCCGAUCACCAUCCACCGCUCGGGGAAGAAGUACGGCUUCACUCUGCGAGCCAUCAGAGUCUACAUGGGAGACAGUGACGUUUACAGCGUGCAUCACAUGGUCUGGCAUGUGGAGGACGGAGGCCCUGCCCAGGAGGCCGGACUUAACGCUGGUGACCUCAUCACGCACGUAAACGGGGAGUCGGUCCACGGUCUGGUUCAUACGGAGGUGGUGGAGCUCAUCCUGAAGAGUGGAAACAAGGUGACGGUGACGACAACUCCGUUCGAGAACACGUCUAUAAAAGUUGGUCCUGCCCGCAAGUCCAGCUAUAAAUCCAAGAUGGCGCGGCGCAGCAAGAGGACCGGAGCCAAGGAGGGACAGGAGAAGAAGCGCAGCUCCCUGUUCCGAAAAAUCACCAAACAGUCCAACCUGCUCCACACCAGCCGGAGUCUGUCCUCUUUAAAUCGCUCUCUGUCCUCCGGAGACAGUCUGCCCGGCUCCCCGACACACAGCCUCUCCGCCCGCUCGCCCACUCAGACGUACCGCUCCUCUCUGGCUGAAUCCCCGUACCUGGGCACCUCCUCUCAGAGCAGCUCCCCCGCCUCCAGCACCCCAAACUCCCCCGCAGCCUCUCACCACAUGAGGCCCAGCUCGCUGCACGGCCUUUCUCCCAAACUGCACCGCCAGUACCGCUCGGCGCGCUGCAAAUCUGCCGGCAACAUCCCUCUGUCCCCGCUGGCUCACACCCCCUCCCCCACCACCUCCUCUCCGCCGCCUCUCACCGGCCACACGGUCGGCAGCUCCAACACCACGCAGGUGUUCCCCGCCAAGCUGCACUCCUCGCCUCCUGUCGCACGCCCUCGUCCCAAAAGCGCGGAGCCACCCAGGUCCCCCCUGCUGCAGCGGGUGCAGUCGGCAGAGAAGUUAGGAGCGCCGAUACUACCUUCCUCCUCGUCAUCAUCGUCGUCGCCCUCUCCUCUGACGGGCGGCGUGUCUUUACGUAAACACAGCCUGGAGGUGGCACACGGAGACUACAGGAGAGAGUCCUUCCACUGCGAGCACAGUCUGCAGAGUCUGCUGGAGAUGGAAGGAGAGAACGGACCUGCUCCCCCAUCUCCUUCAUCGUCGUCCUCCCCCUCUCCCCCCAUGGGAGGGGAGAUCGGAGGCUUGAAGCCUGUGAGGAGGCUGGGGAGGCAGGAGUCGCCGCUCAGCCGCGACACUCUGCUCACAACAAGAGAGAAAGACACUCAGACCGCAGAGCUCAGCGGGGCGAAAACUGAGAGCGCCGCCGCUAAAGCUGAGUCCAAAACCGAUGAUAAAAAAUUAUCCACCGCUGCGGUUCUAAAGAGUACCGUGAGUCCAGCACCGGUUUCAUCCACUGCAGAGGUCAAGCCGAGCCCGGGGGACAAACCUCAAAAAAUGUCAAGUUCUGAGGUAUCCAAGAGUAAACUCGGCGAGAAAAGCUCGACUCCCGUCACAUCAAAGAGCCCGCAACAACAAGAAGCCAAGCAUCAGAGCGUCCAGACGGACAGCGGACCUGCAGCUAAAGCUCCGGAGAAAACUGAGGAGAAAGUGAAAGGUGCUGCAGGUACAGAAAAAACAAACACGCAGAAAGCAUCGUCCGCAGAGUCAAAACCACGUAAAGUCACUGAGACGGCGGAGAAAGGAAGCAUCGAUAAAGCAACCGAGAUACCGAAAAUCAAAGGACCUGCACCGCCGGUCCCCACGCAGGCUCAAAUACACGCUGCAACUCAUGCGCCCGCUGCUGCCAGAUCCAAAACGGAGAAGGUAUCACACCGUGUGGCCAAGGAGGAGCGGGCGCACCUGGAGGUCCUGGAGGAGUACCCCAUGUCGCCCUCCUCUGCUGCAGCCUCGCCCUGUUCGAGCAAGUCUCGCCCGAUGUCUCCGGGAGAUAAAGCCAGCUUUGUCACCCAGCUCACGAGCGUCGCCAAGACGGUGCUGGGGCCAAUGAAGGGAUCACAAGAGGGCGCCAAGGUUAAAGACACCUCCAAGUCAAGCGAGGAGAAGCGAGGAAGCACAGCGGGAAAACCAGAGGCUUCGUCCGGAGGCGGGCGCAGAGGAGCUCCGACUGCGACCUCCGGCUCGGUCCAGUCUGAUAAAAGUCGCAGCUCCAAGCAUCACUCGUGAUACGAAAGAGUCCGACUCUCCCAUGUAAUGCCUUUUACUGUAGCAUCACACUGACAUAUCAUGAAUAACUGUGAACGGAGAGGAGACAUAAAUGCCUGAAGAAAUAACACCAAAUAGAUGACAUGUGACAUGUAGACACACGAGAUGUGAGCAGCAGCCAUGUUGGUGCGCACAUGGUAUCGUAAUGUAGGCCCGUGUAUGUACUGUAUGUUCAAUGUGUUGUAUAUAGGAGAAAAAAAUGUCUUAAUGCAUGUCUGUACAUGGAAAAUGAAAGAAUAUUUAAAAAGAAGUUGAAAAAUAUAAAGCAGACCUAAAGGUGGUGAACACUGUGAACAACUUUCAACUGGCAAACUGUGUAAACACGGAGGAUUCUGUCUUAAAUGGGCAUUAAGUCGCAUUUCGGAUCAGCUCCAGUGCCAUCGUUCAGUUCAGAUCAAAUUGUACUUCCUGUAUUUGAAGAGUUAAGGUGUGUAUCAUGUAGUGAAGAAUGCAACAAACAAACUAAAAACAGGACCAAGAGCCCAAUCGCCAGAAAAAUGUUGGUGUUUUAAGUUUCUGCAGAACACGUUGGUAAGUUAUAUGUAGCGGAUUUGUUGAAACAACACUGAAGUUAACAUGUGAUUCAGUUUAGGCACAAAUAUCACUUGGUUACGGUUAGGAAAAGAUCACGUUUGGGCUUAAAAUACCUGUUUUUUUGUGGCACAGUCCCGGCUGGAAAUGUAGUUAUGUAUUGGUAAAAAGAAAAAAAAACAACCGUUUAUCAUGUCACUAUACUGAAAGGAAACACAGCAUGGGUGGCUACAAAAUGAAUAGAAACCAAUGUAAACACACUGACAAAGUGCUACAAAACAUCCACAUUUGGUGCCUAAAAACCAAUGGAAAUGCACUGAAAUAGUCACUUCAAAGCGCCCAUGAUUGAAGCCUAAAAAGCCAUUUGAAACCCUCUGACAGGCUGCUACAAAACAUCCCGUUUGAAGUCUAAAAACUCAGUGGAAAUACACCAACAAGUUGCUAUGAAACAUUAAUGUUUGAAGCCUAAAAAGCCACCAGAAACACUGACAGGUUGCAGCAAAACAUCCACUGGAAUAAGCUGCAGGUUGCUGCAAAACACCCAUGUUUGAUGCCUUAAAAACAGAUGGAAACACUGACAAAUAGCUACAAAACACCCACAUUUGAAACCUAAAAAGCCAACAAAAACACACCGACAGGUCGCUACAAAACGGCCAUGUCUGAAGCCUAUGAAGCUGAUUGAAACACAGCAACGACUCACUAAAACACAACCAAGUUUUGUUAUUUGUUGGUCUCAAAUGGCGGUCUGCAACUGGGCAGACGUCGUCCCAUCCAUCAUCCCCUCCACCUCCCAGCGACCGUCAGCUCACUUACUGCUAAGAAACGCUGAUGUCAUAUAUACGUACCGUAUAAAUGCACAUAUUCGUAGUUUGCAGAAACGUAUCACACCGACACUUUCCUCUGGUGACUGGGCUGCUCAGAGACCAAAAUGCUGGCGAUGAUGGAUUUCGGUGAAUCAGCUGUUGUGCUUCAGAUGUGUUUAAGGGCUGAAUUUGAGUGGAAUAGAAAGAGGUAGAUUAGAUGAACUUGCACAGGGACACUAUGCAAUGUGCUAAUAAUACCACUUUUUGUUUUUUUGUUGUUUUUUUUGUUGGUGUCCCCAGUUUCUGAGUUUACACUGUGCUCCAGACAAGAAGAGAAGACAGAGGGAAAGGCUGCAAUAAGCCGAGCAAAUAGAUUUUGUUUAAAACGUUUUCAUUGAUCGUAGUGAAAUGUGCAAUUAUAUAUUAAAGGUUAUUAAGUGAAAACACUAGGGAUGCACCGAUAACGACAUCAAUGUUUAAGACAAAAAUUUGUGCGGUAUCUGAUGCUUUUUUUUUCUUUUUCCUUCUUUUGUGCAGAAAUUACUAUAUCCCCCAAAAAAGCCAGACCACAAAUAAUCAACACAGCAUUCAGUCUGCCAAAAAAUAGAUGAAAAACAGAUAAAUAUUGGCUACAAUCAUCCAUGAAUGUUAUCUUAUUUACCAGUAGGAUGGCAGUCAACAAGGCAAAUAAUGUUCAAUACCUGUGGAGGAAAAAAAAUGACUGAAGUAUCAAUACGUAAAUAAAUACAUGUAUAAAAA